CAAAUAUAUUUUGCCGAUGCCGUAAGAUGUGGGCGUGGCCUGGCGUCAAACUUUGCUGUGAUGCUUGGCCACAAAACCCUGAACGUUAAUAACUGGACUCCACAAAAAGCAGACCUUGAUCCUAACUGGUAGGAAUAAAGUUGACACCCUGAAGUGACCCAAUUCUUCAGAGUUUGCACAAGCUCCCUGUUCAUUUUAAAACCUUGCUGUUUGUUUUUAAAGCUUUACAUGGACUGGCACCUCAGUAUAUCUCAGACCUCAUCCAAAUGUGCACUCCUGCGCGUGCUCUGAGGUCCAGCUCGUGGUGCCCAAGACCAGACUUAAAACCAGGGGAGACAGGGCCUUCUCUGUGGUCGGCCCUAAGCUCUGGAACAUUCUGCCCCUCCAUGUUCCAACUGCUCCCACAGUGGACUCUUUUAAGUCUCGUCUUAAGACCCACUUUUAUUCUUUGGCUUUUAACACUACGUGAGUUGUGUGCUCCUCUGUUGUUUUUAUACAUUUUGAUUUCUAUUUACUGUUUUAAUUGGGUUUUCCCUUUUAAAAUAGUUUUUAAUCAUAUUUAUUUUUUGUUUUUAUUCAGUCAUUGGUGGAGCUAAAGAUAAUAUUUGAAUAUUGUUUUUAAUAUUGUUGUGCAGCACUUUGGAAACAUUUGUGUUGUUUAAAUGUGCUAAAGUGGAUUGGAUUGGAUUGGGGCGGUUCCUGUUCUUACCUAUUUGUAGUGGGCGGAACUCUCCUUUCUGCACUGGAGGUGAUCAGUGACAGACAUUUCAUUGAGUGAUGUCAGACUACAAAAGAAUGACAGGAUGUGGGCGUGGCAUGGUGCCAAACUUUCAUCAGAAAGGUUCAUAAUAAUUUCUACAAAUAACGAGAGUCUGAAGUUGCUUUCACUUCAUUUCAUCCAUUUUCUACUGCCUGAGUCCUUGAGCAAAGAUCAAAGUAGCGGAAGCGCGUCUUUGAGCGCCUUGAAACUCUGCCGGCAACAUGGCGGCCCCUUUCAGUUUCCUGGCAGAAGCACUUCCUGCCAAGACUCCCCGCCGAGGCCCGGUCAAAGUCCGGCCGGCUCUCUCCUGGCACUCGCUGGCUCUUCCAUUCAGCAUCUCUUCCAGUCAAACGGCCUCUUCAUGAUUUUACUGCGGGGCUGUGAGGUGCACUUUAAUGAAUCUGUGCAACAAAGACUCUUUUCAGCGCGGCGGCGGGAGAAAGGGGGCUAUUUAGACCCUGUAGGGCUUUUUGUCAGAGGCAGCCCAUAAUACUUGUCACAUUCCCACUGGCCAGAAAUGGACUUAGGUCCGCGUGGAGGGAGAUCUUUCUGUUUGGAAGCAAAUAUUUUCCCACGGCAGGAGGCCUCUCUCGCUACUGUAAAGAGUUGCUGAAAGUCCAGGAGAAGUUCUGCUGAAGGACGCAGGUGGGCGGGGAAAGAGUUAAACUUCCAACGCCCCUCCCCGUCUGCGGGGAGUCCGGCCCCCUGAAAGAUCCCCUCGCCCGCUGCAGAGCUCCUCACUCCAGCUUGGAAAUGUGCGCCGGCGUCAGGAGGGAACAUGCUCUGAGGGACUUUGCGGGAUCCGGGCGGCCGCCGCAGGGGUAGGAGGACAGGAAUGGCCGUCAUGAACCCGCCGUUCAUGAAUUUCUGCUUCCCGGGCUGCGUGACGGAGUACGACGUGGACAAAAGUCCGGACGGGGGUCUCCUGGGCGAGGCAGAGAAGGAGGAGGACUACAGGGAGACCACCAGGGAGCUCCUGAGCUUCAUGGACUCGGCCUCUAGCAACAUCAAGCUGGCCUUGGACAAGCCAGUCAAGUCCAAGAGGAAAGUCAACCAUCGCAAGUACCUACAGAAGCAGAUCAAGAGGUGCACCGGCAUCCUCUCCCCCGACGCGGCGGGCAAGGGCCCAGGGUCCUCCGUCCAGCCGGCAGGCCAAAGCAAGACCCUCCCCAAGCGCGAAGGUGUCCAGGCCAGCAUGCAGAGCCGCAGCCUGGCCGCGCUCUUCGGCCCCGCCAAGGACGCCAAGAAGCCGCCCCUGCGCCAUCGCAACUUGCCGCCCUCCUUCUUCACAGAGCCCGCCAACUGCUCCACCGUGGCCCCCGCCUUGUCGGGGAUGUCGUUGAGGGACCUGGAGCGCUCCAACCCGGAGGCCGCCGACUUCUUCGAGCUGCUGGGACCAGACUACGGCAACGUGUCGGUCGAGCAAGAACUCUUCCAGCCCGCACGGGGGCAGACGGACGUGGCGGGCCUGGAGCUGGCCGCUCACGACGCCCACCACUUCGCCGGGGGUCUCGUGUACUCUGAGCCGUGGACUAGCUGCUCGCCUCCGCUCGCCAGGAAGCUCCCGGAGAGCCUGCGGACGGCCGCCGCCCAGCCUGCGCUCUACUGCCACCCGGAGGCCGCAGCCGUGGACGACAACGCGCUGUGCUCCUUGGCCUUCUCCAACUUCUUCGCGGAAUGUUCCAUACCUCACUUCGACGACUACAGCAGGACCACGUACUCAUCGCUAUGACGCCACUAUUCUUUAUCGCUACGUAACAAGAACGACUACGGACCAGCCAGGACCAUUCGCUAAUGUAGCGUUAGCAUUAGCACCGGUGCUAGUUGUACAAAAUGUUUAUUUAAAAAAAGAUGUAACACAAAUGUUAGCAUGAGCGUUCAGUAGCUACAGAACAAGAGUUUUGUACUGCUGCUUGAACGUUUUCCACGUGUUCUAACACUGAAGAUGACUGACGGAUGUUGCCAAUGCAAAGUUACAAAAUAAAAGUCGUGGUCGUUCUGACAACGCUCUCGAGGCGGCGACAUUUCUCAUUUUUAUCGCCUUCAAACUUCAUGACGGAUGCUGAGAUUUAGCGCUAAAAUGUUUUUUUUUUUUAUCUGUGCAAAUGAAAUAAAGCUGGU